UUGAGACUCGGGAGCUUUUUACGCUGAGUGAGUUGUUCGCGUUUAUUUCCAUUUCAUGUCUUGAUCUCGUCGGUUUUGCCAGUCAAGCAGCUUUAGCCUGCAGUCGAUUUCUUCGUUUGUGAAAGUAAAAUCGUCGUUCUGCACAGCGCACCGAAGUGAUCUUGUUUACUCUGUACUCAGAAAAGUGAUAAGGAUAGUGUAGCUAUUUUUUGAUAGGUCAUCGGAGAUAAUUGGCCACAGGAACUAAGCCAGAAUGGUGGUGCCAAAGGUCUACGUCGUCGGGGUUGGAAUGACUAAAUUCGAGAAACCCGGACGGCGAGAGAAUUUCGACUAUCCACAGAUGGCCAAGGAGGCCGUGACCAAAGCUCUAAAUGAUGCCCGUAUAAAGUACGAGGAAGUUCAACAGGCAACCGUGGGCUACGUGUACGGGGACUCGACCUGUGGUCAAAGAGCUUUGUAUGAAAUCGGUUUUACCGGUAUUCCGAUCUAUAACGUCAAUAAUAAUUGCUCAACUGGUUCUACCGCCUUAAUACUGGCCAAACAGUUGAUCGAAACUGGCAACAAUGAUUGUGUUUUGGCCCUUGGGUUCGAAAAAAUGGAACGCGGUUCGCUGACCUCCAAGUAUAUGGAUCGCACCAAUCCGGUUGAGCUGCUAGUUACUGCCAUGGCAGAAAAGCACGACAUCACUGGAGCGCCGAUCUCCGCUCAACUGUUUGGCAACGCCGGUUUGGAACACAUGAAAAAGUACGGCACUAAGCCCGAACACUUUGCCAAAAUUGCCUACAAAAACCACAAACAUUCCAUCAAUAAUCCCUACUCACAGUUCCAGGAUGAAUACUCGUUCGAUCAGAUUAUGAAGUCUCCAAACGUGCACGAAUUCCUCACCAAGUUACAGUGCUGUCCGACCAGCGAUGGAUCGGCGUGCUGUAUUCUCGCAUCGGAGAGUUUUGUGAAGCGUCAUGGAUUGGAAGCACAGGCCGUGGAAAUCGUGGGGAUGGAAAUGUCCACUGAUGUACCGUCAUCUUUUAAUGAAGGCAGCGCUAUGAAAAUUGUUGGCUACGACAUGACACGCAACGCUGCGGAGAAGUUAUUUGCAAAAACUAAUUUCAAACCACAGGACGUGGAUGUUGUGGAGAUGCACGAUUGUUUUUCCGCAAACGAACUGAUUACCUAUGAAGCUCUAGGUCUCUGUCAACCGGGAAAAGCGGGCGAAUUCAUCGAUCGAGGGGAUAACACGUACGGCGGUCGGGUAGUCGUCAAUCCUAGCGGGGGAUUGAUUUCCAAAGGACAUCCGCUUGGUGCUACUGGGCUGGCCCAGUGUUCUGAAUUGUGUUGGCAGUUACGAGGCCAAGCCGAUAAGCGACAAGUUAAAGGAGCCAAACUAGCGCUUCAGCACAACAUCGGUUUGGGAGGUGCUGCUGUGGUUGCGUUGUAUCGAUUGGGAUUCCCAUAUGCGAUAAAUCCGAUAAAUCCCAAUCUAACCGCGGCCGGAAAAAUCAAGGAUACACCCGACGGGUUCAUAGUGGCUCCUUACAUGAAACUGCUGGAGCAAGCUAUGGCUGACGAUAAAGACAAUUUGAUUGAAAAAGUGCGAGGAAUCUACGGAUUCAAGGUAACUAAUGGACCAAAUGGUGCGGAAGGGUAUUGGGUUGUAAACGCCAAAACUGGAAAGGGAUCAGUUACGUAUAAUGGAACAGAUAAACCCGAUGUUACAGUUAUUAUGAACGACAUUGACGUCGCAGACCUGAUUUCGGGAAAGCUAAACCCACAGAAGGCUUUCUUCCAAGGCAAAGUGAAGAUACAAGGCAACAUGGGACUGGCUAUGAAACUUGUUGACCUGCAGAAAAGUAAUACCUCGCGUAUCGAAGAAUUGCGAUCGAAAUUGUGAAUUGUAUCAGAAAGUCUUACAAACACGGUAUUUUAACAAAUAAAAUUUAAUUCCUUUAAGGCAUUUUUAAAAUGUA